CAGCUUAGAUCUGAGACUAGCACAUUGCUUAAUUUUCAAGAGGAAAAAAGAUGGCUAUGGCAUUCAGCUCCCGUUUGCGUCAGGAUCUGCACUCUCUUGAUGAAGGACAGCCGAUUAAAUUUACUGCUGACCUGAAUGAAGGAAAGGUGUAUAGCAAUGGUACAGGAACUUUCACCGCACUACUAGAUGGACUGUAUAGCUUUUCGUUCUCUGUCGCUCACAAAAACCCUGGAAAACCGGUUUCUGUCCAUCUGAAGAUCAAUGACGUAGAAAAUGUUGGUGCCACCACUGAUAAAGCUGCCCCAACACAGUGUUCUCAGGCCAGCAACCAUGCGGUCGUCAAAAUGAUGGCUGGAGAUACCGCUCAAGUCGUUAUCAGUAACCAGCAAGCAGAAGACAUCGCUGCCAAUGGUUUCACUUCUUUUUCAGGCUUUCUCUUGAACAAGCAAUAAAAAGAGAAAACGACAGAAAUAACAAACCAAUGAAAGUAUGCUUUAUAGACUUCGCAAACUUAUUACUGUUGUUGGACAUCAUUUCACUUGAUUGUAAAUAACUAUCAAAUGAUUAUAAAAAAAGACCAGACUGAAUAACAAGUUUAGGAAAGUACGAUUUAUGUAAUGUGAACACGUUAAACAUUUGAAAUAUAAGUAUAAUCAAAUUUAAAAAGUUAGAUUGAACCAAUCUGUGUAUUGUAAAUGUUUCUUCUUGGAAGAAAACUUUCUAGAAAUUUAGAUUUAACAAGUUCAAACGUGUUAAAUGUUUCUUUUUGAAUGACAUUUACACCAUUAAUGUUAUAUAUUUGAACAGUUAAUGUCAUAUGUAUUUGCCAACGAAUCCUUUUAAUUCUGAACAGUAUUUUAUUAUUACGAUAAAGUAUAGCACGCUUAUCUUUUCUAUUUGUAUAUUGAUAUCAAUCUCUUUUAAUUUUCUAUUCUGUUGCUGCAAUAA